CUGGUGGUCAUACAAGGCACUCUUGUGCCUCCGGAAAGCGAGGUGGACAAGCGCGAGAGGAUAUGACCAAUGCCCUAUCUCGUGGGUGCGGUGGCCGCAAUCGGCAUUCAGCAUCCCGACCGGGCAUCUCCUGCUCACAUCAUACCCGGCCUGGAGCCAUACUCACACCGAGUCCCACCCACACUUAUAGUUGCUGCCCACGCCGUAGACCGUCCAACUACAUUGCACCAUGCCGUCCGGAGAGAACUCACCAUGCCGCAUCGCCUCGUUCAGCGGGUACAUGGGCGACCGCUAUGAUGCGCUCAAGACCCAGGCCGAGACGGACACGGGCAUCCUGUUCGGUGACUACCUCGCCGAAAUGAACCUCGCCUGGCGCGCCCUCGAGCUGCGCAAGCACCCUCACCUGGGCUACGAGUCGGGUUUCCUGUCGCACCUAAAGCUCGCGCUGCCGGCGAUCAAGGCGAACCGGCCCAAGAUUCUGACCAACGCUGGCGCGCUUAACCCAAAGGGCUUGGCGGAGGAGACGGCCAAGAUCCUCAGCGAGGCGGGCAUCGACCUCAAGGUCGCGUACGUCGAGGGUGACAACUUGAUUCACCGGUUGGACGAGCUCAAGGCGGCCGGCGAGACGUUCUACCACCUUGAGGACGACGAGCGGCACCUUAAGGGGUGGGAGCACGAGGGGGGCAUUGCGAGCGCGAACGCGUACGUUGGGGCGCGCGGCGUUUACGAGGCGCUCAAGGCUGGCGCCGAUGUUAUCAUCUCCGGUCGAUGCACGGACGCGUCGCCGAUCAUAGCCGCUGCGGCCUGGUACCACGGCUGGGAGUGGACCAACUACGACGCGCUGGCUGGCGCACUCCUCGCAGGCCACUGCAUCGAGUGCGGCGCCUACGUUACGGGCGGCAACUCUAGCGGCUUCAAGAAGUACCUUUCCCACUAUUACAAUUUCAGCAUGGGAAUCGCCGAAAUCAAUGCCGACGGCUCGUUUGUCGUCACCAAGGAGAAGAGCAAGGAUGGCAAGUGGAAUGGCGUCGUGAACGACGUCACAGUCCGCUCUCAGAUUCUGUACGAGAUUCAGGGCAACGUCUACCUCAACCCGGACGUGCAGGCUCUCAUCGACGACAUCACGGUCACGGACCAGGGCAACGACCGCGUGCUCGUCACUGGCGUGCGCGGCGUCGCGCCGCCGCCGACCACCAAGGCCGCUAUCUGCGGCGUGGCGGGAUACCAGGCCGAGGCGCUCGUGUUCGCGACUGGCCUCGACGUUGAGGAGAAGUUUGAGGCCCUCAAGCUCCAAAUCAGGCAAUUUAUGGGCGACAACGUCAGGAAUUUCACGACGUGGGACAUGACUCAGUACGGCAUCGCCAAGGCCGACGCAGAUGAGGAGGCUCUUGCGACGGCCAUGAUGCGCAUCUUUGCCCAGGCUAAGACGCUUGAUGCGUUUGGGCCAACCAAGAGCUUGCGCGGGUUCGUCAACCCCGAGGGAUUGGGCCACUUCCCCGGCUUCCAGAGCCAAAUGGACAUGCGAACCACCGAGCCCAUGCCGUACAUCGAGUACUGGCCGGGCCGCGUACAGCAGAAGCAUCUGCCGCUGAAGGUGACUUUCGUGGGCUCGUCCAAGACGAUCGACGUGCCGCCAGUCGACAUCACGGAGCCGCUUGUUCCGCAGAAGGACUACGACUCCAAGGAGCCGCUGCAGGCUGGCGCCUACGGCGAGACGACGCGCGGACCCCUUGGCUGGAUCGUACACGCGCGCUCGGGUGACAAGGGCGGGAACGCCAAUGUCGGUUUCUUCGUGCGCAACGCCGACGAGUACGCGUGGCUCAAGGCACUGCUGAGCAAGGCCGAAGUCCAGCGCCUCAUGGGUAAGGAGUAUGACGGAAACCGCAUUGAGCGCGUCGAGCUGCCGGGUAUGCUUGCCGUGCACUUUGUGCUGCACGACUACCUUGGCAAGGGCGUGUCGUCUACAGCGCGCAUGGACAGCCUCGCGAAGAGCGUGGCCGAGUUCCUUCGCGCGCGAUACGUCGAUUUGCCGAACAAGUUCCUUGAGCGGGGUAAGAUCUAGUCGAGGAGCUGUGGCUGUCAGAAGAUGUACUUGGAU